CGUACCUGAGAUCACUGAACGACUUACGACAAUGAGAUAAAUAUACUCAAGAUGGUGCUCCUUACCAUGACGCCGAUGAUAUUGGAGGCUUUGCAGGAGCUCCAGAGCCUUGAUCGAGCGGUAGAUGAGAAGCCGUCCCUUCGAAACGAGGAGGUUGGCGAGAGACAAAGCUCAGAGAACCGGGGAGACGAGAAUGAAUCGCAGAUCCGGGGUAAAGAGGAGGUGAAAAGUGGUCAGAGAAAUGAUGCAGAAAAUGGAAUGGGAAAUUCCCUAGCUUCUCACAAAGAAGGGGAAUCUAUGGUGAACUCUAAGGAACCGUCACUCCUGAAUCCGAAGCUGGGGAACCCAAUAUCCCACGGGCAAAUCAUUGACUUAUGGAAGGAGUUGAAAACUCGCAGUUCUUCCCCAAUGACCUUGGAUAUAUUGCUUCGAGGAGCCAGAGUCUAUAUUCCUCCUCCAAAACCAAAGCCAGAACCAACGCCGGAAUACAAAGCCUUAAUGGCUCGCCUUCGCCGCGAAGAAGAAGCCCGCUCCUACAAGCGAAUGACCGAACCUGCUCCCCCAAUGGAGACCUUUGCGGAACGCUUCCCCUUGUCCUCCUCCGCACGCGCAUUCGCCUCUACCAAGCAACCAAUCAAUGACUCAGAUGCUGACGAUGGCGAUAUCACGUAUGCCGACGUAGAUCGGCAACUGGCCCUCAUCUUCAACGUCUUGUUAAGUAUAGUGGCUUGUGCAGCGGCGAUAUGGGUGGCAGCCAGAUGGUGGAGCACACCGGCGAGAUUAGCAGUUAGUUUUGCGGGCAGCUUACUGGUGGGCGUCGCGGAGGUCGUGGUCUAUGGCGGAUAUAUUCGACGGCUGAGCGAGGCCAGGGGGAAAGAAAGGGCGCUCAAAGAGGUUAAGGAGGUAGUAAGGACUUGGGUUGUUGGUGCGGAAGGGGAGGGAGGUCACAUAAAGGGUGGCGAGGAGUCUGUACUCAUUGAAAAGGAGGAUCCGGACAACGUCAAGGCACGAAGACGGAAGAAAGACGUCAAAUCAGACGCCUAAUGAACACUUUACUUCUAUAUUUUUCUGAUCCACUAGACAUCAGUGUGUCUGCUAGCUUUUCCGCUCUUGCUUCGAAUUCUCUUUCCAAAGAGUUUGCAUCAUAUUCUCUUCGUCUUUUCUUUUAUUUCUAUCAGCUUGGGGGCUAUUUCUGAAACCCGGCGUCUUCUGUGGGGAAAGAAAAGGGAAGAGAAAGGUGGGUCUAUAGAACGUUACAGGAUCCCUACAGCCUGCGAAUUGAAAUCUAGAAUCUUGGAGUGGUCCUUCACUGGUUGUUUUAGAUAACCCUAGGCGUAUGGAAAGGGAACAUUGGACAAUGGGGCAUUGAAAGUUAGGACUGGUCCAAAGAUUGGCAAAUUAUUUUCCAAAUUUCAGACUAUUUUUUU